UACUCUAACGUUGCCAGAUGGCGCAAACAACUAUACGAAAUCAUGGAGCAGCCCUCAACAUCCUCCUCCGCCUUCCUGGUACAUUUUCUCUCCAACAGCCUUAUAAUCCUCUCCGCGUGCCUAACGGUACUUGAGACGCUCCCUGUCUUUCGGCGCGCGCCUACGAGCGUCUGGUUCGGGCUUGAAACGGGGCUAGUGACCGUAUUUACAGCCGAGUACUUUGCGAGAGUAGCAGCGCACUCCGAGAGCUGGGGGAUGCUUCUCCGAUGGGGGACAUCAUUUAUGGCGAUCAUCGACUUGCUCGCCAUCCUCCCAUACUACAUUGAAAUCGCCCUGCAUGCGGAUACGACGUCCAUCUUCCGGUGGUCAAUCUUGCGCACGUUCCGGCUGUUGAGGAUGUUUCGCGCCUUCUCGCAUUCAAACACUAUAUUGCUUACAAUUGAGGUUAUGUAUAUCUCAAUACAGCGAUCGGCUGACGCCCUUCUCGCGCUGAGCUUCUUUGUCGCUAUGAUCCUCGUGGUGUUCAGCACGCUCUUGUACUUUGCAGAACGCGGCACUUGGGAUCCAGCGAUCUCCGAGUUCAUCUCCGCCGACGGGGGGAUCUCAGAAUUCUCCUCUAUCCCCGCCUCUGCAUGGUUCGUCAUGACGACCAUCACAACAGUAGGGUACGGAGACCUCAUACCCCGGUCGGCGAUGGGGAGGCUGCUCACUGUUCCCCUGUUGAUGUUUGGUCUGCUGGUGGUCGCGCUGCCGAGUUUUGUCCUUGGGAGGAACUUUAGCGCUGUGUGGGAGGGAAUGAAGCGUCGCGGUGCUAGGCUCGCAGAACAGACCGCUCAGACCCAGAGAGGGGAAGAAAACGAGCAGGUCGUCGAGCCCCAGACGCCGAAUGGCACUGCGCUGUUCGACGAGCACUCUGCGGAUCUGGAAGUCCUCCAGUCCGAAGUAAGACGGCUGACAAAGGUCGUCGAGAAGCAGGGAGGGGAUUUGGAGCGGUUGAUCCUGUUGCUCGAGAGAAGGCAUUCGGGAAGCUAAGACUGGACUUUGUGACGGAAGGAAGAAGAGGAGAUUUGAC